AUGGAGGUUCAUGGGAAGCAGCAGGCCUCAGGCACCAAGGUGGUCUUGGCAGCCAUGGGAGGCUUGGCAAUUGGAGGGUCGCUUAUGUUCUUGAUGGGUUUCAGUUUCCUGGCCUCAGUGACGCUUCUGGUUUUGAGCUCACCGCUUCUGUUGAUCUUCAGCCCUCUGCUGUUUUUUGCUGGGUUUGUGUUUGUGGGAGCGGUGGUUGGGUUUGCUGUGGCUGGAGCCAUGGCCCUCACAGGCAUGUCUACUUUGGGGUGGAUUUUUCAGGAGCUUGGAGGCACAAGUCUUUUGGGAUUUGGUGGUGGUCUGGCCGAGAGAUUGAAGGAACAAGGAAAAGAUUGGGCUGGGUUCUUGCAGCAUGGGAAUGAGCAAGACAUCAAGAUCACUAGUAGAGGCUAG